GUUGGUUUCACAUUGGUGUGGUCUGUGGUUUGUGUGUUUAUCUCAAUCUAUAGCUGCCCUCAUUGGCCUCAAGGCUCAACAAGGGGAAGUUUCUUGGUAGCCCUUGGAUAUGUGUGGUUUCUUUCCUGGAUCCAACAAUACCUAAUUGAUGAGAAGUGAUCUAUAUAAUGUACCUCGUCAUCAUCUCUAUUUCUUGGCCAUUCUUAAAGCCUUGUGCUUCUUCUGUCUACCACUAGUAGCAAACCUGUCCUGCAAGUACUCGGAGAAGAAGGACAAGCAAUGGGAGGAGGCAACGGUCAGAAGUCCAAGAUGGCUCGCCAGAGGAACAUGGAGAAGCAAAAAGCUGCUGCCAAAGGAAGCCAGCUUGAUUCAAACAAGAAAUCAAUGACAAUACAGUGCAAGGUGUGCAUGCAGGUUUUUAUUUGCACCACGUCUGAGGUGAAGUGCAGGGAGCAUGCAGAAGCAAAACAUCCCAAAUCUGAUGUUUAUACAUGUUUUCCUCACCUUCAGAAAUGAGAAAAACAAUCCCAAAUGAGAAGGACCUGUAGAAAAUUGUUUGAAGCUUCAUCUCUCGAAUCUUCUUCUGCAUAGUCCUUCCUAGACUCUUGGAUUUUAAUUAGCUAAAGCUUUUCUCGAAUAUGUAAUAAAUGUGCACUUUUGUUAAAUCGAAGAUUGUAUUUGAAACUUGAA